AUGGCAACUUCACCCAGAGACAGACUUGACUCGGACGAAUUGGUCUUCUUUGGUAGUGAAGGUGAAAGCAUAGCAGAAGACAGAGUCGGACACUACCGAGACAAAGGGCUCACACCAAAGAAGUUCGGUCAAUUUUUUCCGCUUAGUGAAAGCCAGAGCCCCCCGGCCAGCAAUCAGGAUGUAGUGGACCAAAUCGCGGCAUCAAUGGAUCAAUCACCUAACAGAAGCCGUCAAAGUCAACCGAGGAAACUUUGCCUUCGACACAAUAAUUCUCGCUGUAUAGUCACGGGUAUCAUCGUUACGGAUGCACCAAUAACUGGGGGUUCUGUACUAGGCCCUCUAGUCACUACAGAGCUGGCUUAUAUACUUCCCUUCCGAUCGCUCAGUAGGCCAGCUAGCAGCAGGACUAUAAAGUCGCACAGAUAUGGCUUCUAA